UAACGUGUUUUUUAUGAUAUUAUAAAAACGAAUUCACAUAAAAUCAAUAUAAUGUUUUUAUUUCACUAUGCGAUGUAGUAAAAUGUUUCGUAGAAAAAAAUGUUUGAACACGUUUUUGUACAUCGUGGCAUGUUUUCUAAAUUCGAAUAUAGGAAUAAAGGAGAUCAAGUGUUCGCAAGUAAUAAGGGGUAGUUUACCUGAUCUACAUACACUUUCUAGAUUAUUAAACACAUUCUUAGUACCAAUAAUAAACUCCUAUCCAGCUGAGAAACCAGUUUUCAAAACAUCAUCAGAAACUGAAAUUGAUAAAGUAAUUCGAGAGAAAACUACUCAGUUACGUUCAUUGCUACAGGACGAUGAUGAUAAAAGUCUUGAAAAUAAAUUUUUCUUAGAAGACAAAGACGAAACAACAAUCAUAGAAUUUUUACCAAAAACAGAUUUAAAAUAUAAUAAAUUGAAUAAAGAUAAAGAAGAUGAAUUCAAAAACCAUCUUAAGAAAUAUAAAAAGAUACGGGAUAAGAUAAACAGGGCAUUAAUAAAAGAAUCCGUUUCUGACAAAACACAGAAGCUCAUCGUUAAGACUUUUAAUGAUUUAAUACGAAAUCUAGUCGGGAGUCAAUGUAAAUGGAAACGAAAUCUUCGCGCUGAUGGAUAUGACGAGCCAGCAAUGAUAGCUGACAGAUGGAAUCAAGGAUUUAAUAAACUUAGAAAAAUUCUUACAAAAUUGUUCAAAAACGAUUUAAGACGAAACGACGACGUCCCUUUAUUUCUAGACAAUUUACAAGCAAUGUUCAAUAGUGUCUCCAAAGAUGUUGAUACAAUAUCAAAAAGAUACAAAAUCCAAUGCGAAUUUGUGCCGAAAUAUCGAUCCUAUCCAUUAAGAAAAGUUGAAAAUGUUUCCAAUACUUUAAGAAACAGUUGGGACAACGAAGAAGACAGGUGUCAAAAUAUCGUUAUAUGUUCGAACGAGUUAAAGGAAUUCAUGCAAAGUCUAUACCUAACUCUUAAUGAUACAUCUAUAAGCGUAAUAAGAAAUUAUGCUGAAAUGUACUCUAGGGAUGUAACUCGCGACGAUGAAAAUGAAAAGGACAAUGUUAUUACAUCAUUAAACACAUUAAGUGCUAAAGCUAUCGGUAAUAUUAAAGAAAUAUUCAUACGAGAAACAAAAAAACUGACUCUUGACAAAGGAAAAAAUAAAGACGCUAAUAUCAACGCUCUAUCGAAUUACGUAAAAAAUACAGUAGAAAAUGUUAAGGAGAGUAUUAAAAGUGAUUUAAAUACUGAAAUAGUUACACUAGGAGAGAAAAUUCAAACAGUUUUAAGUAACGAUAUAAGUGUGAACUUGGUUGUCGAUUUGGAUAACUUAGAAAGGGAAUUCAAUUCAAAAAUUUGUAGCAUCUUUCGAUUUUGUAACGGUAAAUACAGCGGUAGGCGAUUCUUGCCUAAAUAUUAUAAUAAAAACAGCUUAUACGUCCAAGUACAACUAACUAUGGAUGACGAUAUGAUAGAUAUUCAUAAUUUUAGAUCAAUUACAGAUAAGAAAAAUGUUCAAAAUACCACAAGUCAUCAAAUACAAGCGUUUGCAAACGUUACUAGGACUACAUAUAUUUAAAACAAUAUUUCUAUGGCAUACAUAGCUUUGGUCAAAUACUAUUAAGAAAUAAAUAAAAAAAAAAACGACAAAAAAUAAAACCAUCUAUUUAUUCUCUUUUACAAAAAAUAUUCAA